GUACAGUGCAGGCGUUUGUUUCUUGGAGAUAACGGCGGAGCGGGUCUUUUUCUUCCCAAUGGAGGUAUCGUCAAACCUUCGAGCUUCGACUAACAUCGUAGGGGAAUGUUGGGCGUGAUAGAUUUGCUUCAAAAAGUAUAGAUUUUUUUUAAUCUCCCUUCUCCUUAAUGCUGGAGAAACAGCAGCAAGAGCUGUUUUUCAUAAGGGGCUCGCCUGUUGCAUAAAUUUUGCCGUGAGGAAGCUACUUUCAGACAGUUCAGAUUGUUCAUCGGUGUUACAGUCCUUUGCGUUCUCUCCGAAGAAAGUAAUUAUCAAGGUGGUGGUUGUUUCUGACAUUGGUUAUAUCUGAUGCUUCCGAGGUUCACAAAAACUUAUAAAUAUCAUAUCUUGAUUAUUCUUGUUCCUUCUAUCUGGUGAUUCCCACUUGAUAGAACUUUUCUAACUACCGUUGCUUUUGUGGUUGGGGGAAUGAGGGAUACGUUGUCAAUGCAAUGACUUACGGGGCUAAGGAUAACGGUUUGCCUAUUUCUCAAUUUUUGUGAUAGUUUCUUGUAGUUUGAUUAAUGAAUGAUAGAGUUCUUGUGUGUUUCAUGAUGAUACUUGGAAGGAGGAAAGUCUAUUUCGUGAAUAAAGGACUGUGGUCUUGUUUCUCUGGAUGUGGCUUGCAAUGUUGUAUUCUCUGACCUAUCAUUUGCUGAACAGUUGUUGGAAAUUUCUCAAAAUUCAUGAAAAGUUUGCUUUCUGAUGCUAAUAAUUGAUUGAAAGACGACAAUUUACGUUGUGGAGUUUGGCUAGUGUUUUCUUGCUUUGUGAGAGGAAGAGAAAAAAUGGACUUGUGGUUUGUUGCAGCAGCUGCGGGAGCUGGUUAUUUAUUUUGGAACAGAAAUUUAAAGAAUAGUGAUAGUUCAUGCCAAUCAUCUUCGGAGGAUCCCAAUUUUGAGAAUCUUGAGUCCCCAAGCCAGUCCUCUCACAGAGAAUUGCAGAGAGACAAGUUAAACAAAGACGUGUCUUCAGAACAAAAGGUUUCCAAAGAAAAACCUAGAGAAGGGAACUCAGUGCACGGUAUGUCGACAAUGGAAAUAACUUCUAACAAAAUGCUGCUUAGUGAAAGGACAAGACCUUUUGGGAUGCACGAUGACAGCAUUGCACUUUCAAUAUCAAACUUGCCACUGUCCUUGUCACCAAAUGAGAACUUGAAUGAUAUUGAAGAUGGGAAUGAGCAAAUCUAUGAUGUUGGUGGCAGUUAUGGUUUCAGGUUUCCUGACUCGUCAGCAGGAGAAGUGGGUUCUAACCAUCAUUCUGCUGGCAAUAAAACUUGUCUCAAGACUAAGCAUUUUUAUGGACACUUUGGUAGACCCUUGAAUUCCUUAGAAAGUUGCCUUAUGGCUCAGCUGUGCAAGGAACACUCAGAGAUGGAAGAAUAUGUCUUAAGCUCUCUUCCACCACCUCCUACACCUACAAGGUCAUUUCUUGUAAGUAAUGGAAGCCGAAUAAUCAGUGGAUCAAGUCAUAAAUCUUUCAGUACAUUGAUUGGAAAGAAGGAACAUAAGUGGAUUAAGGGAGCCCAUCAAGACCAUGAUGGUAGUAUACUUGGGUUUCCCUCGCUAACAAAAUUUGGAUCUUUAGAUGAUCAUAAGAAGCUGAAACAUAGGGCAGGAAAAUUGCGAAGUGAAAGAUUGAGCUCUUCUGACAGUGCUUUCAGUAGAAAAAACAUCCAUGCUCAAUUAGACGUGACAUUUCUCUUCAGUCUUGGGCUUUCUUUUGGGAUAGUAAUUUCCAUCAUGACAAAUAAAAGAGAAGCGGACAAAUUAAGAGAUUUGCUGAAGCAGACAGAAAACUUAGUUCAAGAUCUACAAGAAGAGCUUGAAAUGAAAGAUUCAAUGACAGUGAAGGAGUUGAGUAACGAGAAUUAUGGUUCACAGGAUAUUUGUGACCAUUCCUCCUAUAAUAGGGAGCCAAAUGGAUUUUCCUCUGAGAAACAUGUGGAUAACUCUCUGAGAGAUGACUGCAGAGGACUGUACCAUAAAAAGGAAGAAGAAAAUUCAGAACCUAUGAGCAAAAUUGAAGCUGAGCUUGAAGCUGAACUGGAGAGAUUGGGGUUGAACAUGAAUUCUAGCCUGGAGAGAAGGCUUUCUGAGCUUGUUGAGGUUGACCCAGACUUUGUUGCAGAUUUUGCUGGAGGUGAGUUGCGAACUGACAAGGUCCAGGGUAAAGCCUUUCCCCCACCAAAUCCGGAGGAGAGUACUAGUGAUGGUGUCACACCUCUCCCUGGAAACUAUGCCGUUUCGCCUCAUGAAUUGAGUCUACGAUUGCAUCAAGUUAUUGAAUCCAGGCUCGAAGAGCAUGUGAAGGAACUCGAAAUUGCCCUUCAAAAUAGCCAGAGGAAAUUACAGCUUAUGGAAUCAGAGCACAAACGAUGUUACCUGAGAAACUUCAGUAGCCAUGGGGAAGGAAAUCCAUUGACAUAUGAUGACUGUGACCCUUUGGCCCAGCCUCUAGUUAUGAAUUUAUCAGGUGAAGCACUUGAUGCCUACAAGGAAGCUUAUGAAGAAUUAAUAAAAACAGAUGAGUCAGAAGAGAAUUCACCAUCAACCACCCAUGACGACGAAGGAGUGUUUGGAAUUCAAUGGGGUGGAACAAACAGGUCUGUAACUUUCUUCCCAGGCAAUGGGGAGAGAUUUUUAGAACUCUCUUCUAGCGGGGUCAACAUGUUAGAAGGGCAAAGCCCUGAUGUUUAUGAAUUAAAAGCUGUUACAAGAGAUGAAAAUUAUGGUAGUGACAAUGAGAUGGAAAGGCAGGUGAUAAGACAAAUUGUUGACAGGACCAAGAGAGGAUCUCCUGCUUUUAAGAAUGUACAAAAAUUAUUGUAUUCUAUGGAUGGGGAUGAACGUUGAUAUUUGAUAUGAAUUACCGAUACAGCAGAGUUACCUGGAUUCA